AUGUCAACGAAAUUAAGAGAUUUGAUUAGGAAUAUUAGAGCAUGUAAAACAGCGGCAGAAGAGAGAGCAUUAAUAAAGAAGGAACAAGCAUUGAUAAGGGAAUCCUUUAUAGCAAAUGAAUCAGAGUACAGACCCAGGAAUGUGGCGAAGUUGCUAUUCAUCUCCAUGUUGGGUUAUGAGACUGACUUCGCUUAGAUGGAGUGUUUGCAUUUGAUAACAGCCAAUACUUAUAAUGAGAAGAGAAUAGGUUAUUUGGCUUUGACUCAAUUAUUUAAUGAGAAAAGUGAAGUCUUAAUGAUGGCCACAAAUCGAAUAAGAAUAGAUUUAAAUAAUCCAUCAAAUUAUAUAGUGUCAUUGGCAUUGAUGGCCCUGAGCGAAGUAUGCACAAGUGAGAUGUGUAGAUCAUUGUCAGGAGAGGUAUUGAAAUUAUUGCAGAAUGGCACAGCCUAUAUAAAAAAAAAGGCAGCUUUAGCAAGUACUAGAAUAGUGACACGUGUCCCAGAAAAAAUUGAUGAGUUUUCAUAAAAAGUUGAACUCUUAUUAGAUGAUAGACACCAUGGAGUAUUGGUAGCCUCAUUGCAAUUGGCAUAACAUAUAUUAUAAAUACAACCUGAUCAAAAACAAAGAUUUUAAAAAUUUGUAUAACCAAUGGUUAGAAUAUUCAAAUCCAUUUAUUCAACCUAUUCUGCAGAAUAUGAUAUCGGUGGAGUAUCAGAUCCAUUUUUAUAAAUUGAGAUUCUCAAAUAUUUUAGAAUCAUGUGUUAAGGAAAUGUUCAAUUAUCAGGAGAAGUCUCAGAUAUCCUUACUCCAGUUGCAGCCAACACAAACAAUAAUAAGAAUUCAGGAAAUGCUGUUUUGUAUGAAUGUGUAAAGACUAUUUUUGCAAUUGAAUCCUCAAAUACACUUAAAACUUUGGGUAUCAAUAUUUUGGGUAAGUUUUUGUAGAAUAAGGAUGCAAACAGUAAAUAUAUCUCACUAUUUAUGUUGUAGAAAGUAUUGAAACACGAUCUCUAGGCUGUUCAAAAACAUAAAUAAACUAUUUUGGAAUGUUUGAAGGAAAAUGAUAAUUCAAUCAAAACCUUAGCAUUGGAUCUAUUGUAUGUGAUUACUAAUGAAACUAAUGUGAAAGGCAUUGUCAAAGAAUUAUUAAAUGUUUUACUUAGUCUAACCGAAGAGGACGCUGAUUUUACUAAAGAAUUAACUAAUAAAAUAUGUCAAAUUGUUGAAAAAUAUGCUCCUUCAAGAAGAUGGUAUAUUGAUACAUUUAUUAAAAUCUUGAUUUUGGCUGGAAAUUACGUUGAAGAGGAGUCAAGUUCAUCUUUGAUCCAUCUAAUUAUAGGUACACCUGAAUUGUAGAGUUAUGCUAUUCAUAAAUUGUUUUUCUCCUUAUAAGAAAAUCUAAAUCAAGAGGGAUUAGCAAGAACCACUGCAUAUUGUAUAGGAGACUUCGGUCAUCUGUUAUUGAAAGGAGAUGCAACAGCUAUUGAUAACACUCCCAUUUAAAUAACUGAAGAAGAAAUUCUAGAUCUACUCACUAAAUUGUUGGAGAAACCAAAUCAAAAGAAUGUUAUUAAAGAAUAUGUGUUAUCUGCUUUGAUUAAAUUGUAUCCUAAGAUAAACAAGUUUUAACCUUAAAUAGCAAAAUUAAUAUAAUCUUAAAUCAAUUCAACAUCCAUUGAAGUCUCUAAAAGAGCUUAAGAAUAUUAUGGCUUAUUAGAUGUUCAAUGGGAUCAACACAGGGCUGGUAUCUGCGAAUAAAUACCACCUAGUGAUACCCAUAAAGCUAUCUAUGAAAAUAAACCUAUAGGUGAUGUUGAAUAUGAUGAAUAUCCACCUGCUAAAACAGAACUAGAAUAAGCUAAACCUGCUACUAAUAAUAAUGACUCUACAAAAUUAUAUGGUUUUGAUAUUGAUAAUCUUAUAGGAAAUCAAGAUUAAGCUUAAUAGAAGCCACAAUAAUAGCCAUAACUUACAACUUAAUUGCCUGGUAAUUUAUUUGAUCCAUUUGACAUUACACUUAACCUAUCUGGAACUCAACCAUAAACAUAACCUGUUUAAUAAAAUUAUCUUCAAUUUCCUGCAUAAGGUGAAUUUACAUAUAGUAAUCCUUAAUCAUUCUCAUAAUAAUAAUAAUAAUAAUAAUAAUAAUAAUAAUAAUAAUAAUAACAAUAACCAUAACCUAUAAAUCCAUUAUAAAAUUUAUAUAAUUAAAAUAACAACCCAUAUUAAUAGUAACAAUUCCCCUUCUAAUAAUAAUAAUAAUAAUAAUAAUAAUAACAAUAACAAUUCUAACAAUAAUAACCAUAACCAUUAGUUAAUUUACCUGGUGAUAUUUUUGAACUAAAUCUCUAACCACCACAACAAAAGCCAAUACCAUAAACCAUACAACCAUAAAAUUAAUAAUUUAUCUAACCACCAACAUAACAAUAAAUUAUAUAACCACAAUUGGCUGAAUAAAAGUCCUUAACACAACAAGCCAUAGCUUUUGAUGACGGUGCUUUACAAAUAGAAUUUAGAGCAGUUAAAGUAAUGAGAUUGUAUUUAUAUCAAACUAACAUAACAGCCUAUUUCAACAAUAAAACAGCCAGUCCAAUCACAGAAUUACAACUCUCCUUUGCAGUAUUAAAAUAUAUGAAAUUAUAACUAACUCAGCCAACUUCUUCAACAAUUAAUGGCAAUAGCACUGGAUUAGUGAUAUCGACUCUAAGAAUCACAAACUCAAAUCAAGGACAGAAGGGAAUUGUAAUGAAAAUCAAGGUUUCUUACAAGAUCAAUGGUUUAAUCAUAGACAAGGAAGUCACAUUUAAUAAAUUCCCCCAAGAUUAUUGA